CGGAGCUGAGGGAACUAAACAAAAAACAUAAAAUGAAAAUACCAUUUUCAAAUGAGAGAUACGUAUUUAGAUAUUUUAUGCCUCAGUGAAAAUAGCAAUACCACAAUUUACAGUUAAAAUCCCACAUUCAAAAAUAUAAAUCAGUGGCCCACCAGAAUUUAGUCAAAACAAUCUAAUUAAAAAAAAACAUCUUAUGCAGAAUACCCAGCAACUCAUGUAUUCCACAAAAUAACGUGAUAAACUUAAAAAAGGGAGUCGAAUAAAUUUUCAGACACACUCCUCAGGAUAAAGAUAAAAAGUCUGCUUAAUAUCAUCGGGAGCUACCCUGAGGUUGCCAUGGCAACUCUAAACAGGUCGAGAGUGGGGCCACCGUACAUUCCUCUGGUGAAACUCAACCGGCAACACACCUCUGGGCUUCAGCAGUGGCUUGUGUCUGACCAAACCUUGAAGCAGGGCAAAAGGAAAGGUUCCCCUGAAGAAUAAGAGCUGAUGCUAGUAUGGAGGCCACUGGUUUCAGAAAGUCUGUCCAACUGUGCCGGGAAAGACACCAGGUUACAGAUGAAUGCUGCACACCAUGCCCAGACCAUGGAGGAUUUAGAGGCCCAUCCAAGGAUCAGAAAGUCACAGCUGUGGUCCAGAAACGCAACCAAGAUGAAGCCAAAAGCCUGCAAACAACUGCACCUCCUGAGGGCAAAGUUCGCCACAGUUUUGUCAGCUUGCCUGUUAUCGACUCGGUGAAACUGAAGACAGCCAAGGCCCUUGCGGAAAAAGCUGUCAAGAUGCAUAGGGUAUUCUCUGUCCAGGGCCAUUACCCUGUCAUCAGGGAGGCACUGAGGGCCAGAGGCUGGGUUGAGCAGCGCACGCACCGCCCCAACCAACAUGCACAGCGUGGUGACAGCAGAGCCAGCCCUAAUGAUGCUGGUGACAGCGACAACGAUGCCAACGAUGUCAGAAAAUAUCAGGAUCCAGAUGAAGUAUAUGAUCUCAUGUCUCGCCUGGUGCGAAAUGCAAUGGUUUAUUUUUAUUGGACAAACCGUAGAGAUGCCAUUGACACCAACAGCUUGCGGAAAGAACAGAUUACCAACCAUUUCACAAAGGCCGGCAGCUUCACCACCAAGGUCGGGUUGUGUGUGAACCUAAGCAACCUGCACUGGUUUGACUCAGCUGACCCAGACACCUUCUUCCCUCGCUGUUAUAGACUCGGAGCCCAGGAUGAGAAGCAGGCUUUCAUUGAAGACUACAGGAGAACAGUCUGCACCAGUCUUUUGAAGUACAUUGUGGAGAGGGAACAGGGUGUUUCAGAAGAGGGAAUGAGCUGCAACAUUUGGCCUGUUCGGGAUAAGAGCAGACGCAACAAACGGCAAUUUAGACCCAUGGUCCUUUCCCAAAUGAUUGACAGCGCGCUCAAAGUAUGUCAGGAGUUCCUAGACAUUAUGGAGCACAACGACAUAGACAUGAGCUUGGGAACACCACAAACACUGACAAAUGAGGAAUGGGAGCAGUUUAUUGACAGUUAUUACUUUGUUGUUCAUGGUGGAGCAGAGGUAGAGAACAGUGAUCAUUUUGUCAAAUGCUGCAAAGCCAUGCUGCAGAGGCUGGGGGAGGUCAGGCCACAGCUGGACAUAGAUGGCAUACACAACAUCUGGAUCAUCAAACCUGGAGCAAAGUCCAGAGGUAGAGGUAUCAAAUGUGUCAAACGUCUGGAUGAGAUCCUCAGGCUGGUGAAGGUUAAUCCAACCCUCAUCAAGGAAAGCAAGUGGGUCGUGCAGAAGUACCUGGAACGCCCCUUGCUGGUCCAUGGCACCAAGUUUGACAUGCGCCAGUGGUUUCUGGUCACCGACUGGAACCCUCUAACUGUGUGGUUCUAUAAAAAGUGCUAUUUGCGUUUUUCUACGCAGCCUUACUCACUAGAUAAACUGGACAGCUCUGUCCACCUGUGCAAUAACUCCAUCCAGAAGCACCUCAGGCCCUCCAAACAACGACAUCGAGGCAUCCCAGCAGACAACAUGUGGUCAGAUGACCAGUUCAGGACCUUUCUGUCCAGCCAGGGCCGGGAAGCUCAGUGGCAGGCUGUGGUAGUCCCAGGGAUGAAGAAGGCUAUCAUACACGCAUUACAGACAACACAGGACCUGAUGGAGUCACGCAAAAACACAUUUGAGCUCUACGGCGCUGACUUCAUGUUAGGACGUGACCUGCGUCCAUGGCUGAUCGAAAUCAAUGCUAGUCCCACAAUGGCUCCCUCCACCCGUAUCACAGCCCGACUCUGUAGUGCUGUUCAGGAGGACACGUUACGAGUCAUCCUGGACCGGAGAGUUGACCGCACCGCAAACACGGGAGACUUUCAGCUCAUAUAUAGGCAGGCAGCAGUAGAUGUGCCACAGUAUGUCGGACUCAACCUACUUGUUGAGGGCUUCAAGAUCCAGAGCUCUUGCCCUCUUCCUCCACUGAGGCCCUCCAACCUUUCAGCAUCAAAACGUCAUGGUCCUGUCAAGGAGAAGAAGCCUGUAGAAGAAAAAGUAAAGCCUCUGUCUAAGAUGCCGCUGAGCAGUACAGAGACUCAGCUCAGAAACACCAGCAGUAGGGUUUUACCACCUCCUCCUCUUCCUCCUGAGCCACCUGUGCCCAUCCCUACUGAAACCGUCACACUUCACCUGCCAAUGACUGUUGACAAGUCCAUCCACCUGCCCAUGAGUGACCAGUCUCACUCUGUAUUUUUGUGUACGAGGAGACCAGAAGUAUCAAACGUUUGCUCAGACAAAGUCCAACCCUGUACCACAGAGAAGCACCAAGGUCCGUCUUUGCCUUUGGAAAUGACCCUUUCACAGUCCCAGCAAGCAGCCACCAGCACCUUGAGUGCCUAAAAAAGCUUUCAUGAGAAGGUAAUUAAUGCACGUGCUCCUUUGUUUCACAGGGUUUUUCGCCUACCUCAUAA